CCCGGAGUCGAAGGAAGCCCCCGUUGUGGUCGUAGAAGAAUCUUCUCCUCCCAAGCCUUCGGGUCAGGCAACUGAUCUGACAUGGCCCCUGGACAAAGUCCAAUUUUCCAUUACGAAGGGGACUGCUAUCAUGCACGGGACCCUGAACCCGAAGGAGUUUUUGAGGGGUGCCACCCCUCCGACCGAUAAGUCCGUGCUCUCCCGUCAGGCCGACGAUGUCCUCUGCUCCAAGGUUCUGAUGGCCUCGGUUACGGCGAGCCUUGGCCUUGGCGAGCUGGUCCAGAGGAUAGAACAGCAUGACUCAGAGAAGAAGAAGGCCGCUGAAGCACUGGCCGAGGCCCGAAGGCAGCUCAAGGAGGUCGAGGACGCUCGCAAAGCUGAGCAAGAGGCUUUCAAAGACAUCCUCGAGGGCUCCAAGACGGUGGCCAGGGCCGAAGGUAAAGCAGAGGCGGAGAAGGCUGCGGCAGAUGCUGCCAAGAAAGCCGCGGAGGAUGCCGAGGAGGCCCGGAUCAAAGCUGUCGCCGAAGCCCGGGAGGAGGCUGUUGCUACUUUUGCCGAGGAGGGAUGGAAAGCCGAAGGUCGGCAAAAAUGGGUGGCUUCGGUGGUGGAAGCUUCGGUG